UUAAUGAAAUAAUUACUCCAAAGUUUUUACAACUAUUAAGUGAAAUACAGAAAUGAAGACCAAUUUUCUCCUUUAUAUUUUUACAAUUUCUGCUUUUGUUAGUGUCCAUUCAAAACUACUUCACUUUGAUUGGGUUGUUUCAAUUUCCUCUAAUGCACACAUUGGAGGUCCCAAAGAGGUUAUUAUGAUCAAUAAUUAGUUUUCAGGCCUUCUGAACACAACAACAAAUGAUGUGGUCAUUAUCAGUUAUUUCUUAGCAUGUUAUUUAUGACCAUUUAUACGUUAGAGGUAGAUUUAAGGCGAGUUCUGUUGGAAUGGAGUGCAGUUAAGGAGGAAUUCAUGGCAAGAUGGAGUUGAAGGAACCAAUUGUCCAAUAAUGCCUGGAACAUAUAAAUUUCAGAUGAAAGAUCAGAUUGGAAGUUUCUUCUAUUUUCCUUCACUUUUCUUCCAGAAAGCUGCUCGAGGCUAUGGUCCUAUUCGAAUUAACAACGUUGAAAAUGUCCCUCUUCCAUUUCCACGUUCUGAUUAUGAAUACGAUAUACUAAUUGGAGAUUGGUAUCUUGAUGAGUACAAGGACUUGAGAAUUUCUCUAGAAGAUGGAUGCAAGAUGCCUUUUCCAGAUGCCAUUCUCAUCAAUAGAAUGAGAUCAAAUCAAGCUACCUUUGAGUUUCAACCAGGGGCUGCCUAUAGAUUGAGAAUCUCGAACGUAGGAUUAAAAACAACCUUAAAUUUCAAAAUCCAGGACCAUGAAAUGCUUUUGGUGGAGACUGAAGGAGACUACACUUUAAAAGAAUACCACCAAAGUCUAGACAUCCAUGUUGGUCAAUCUUAUUCUGUUCUUGUUACUGCAAAGAAUCAUAGCCAUGGUAGCUCUUAUCAUAUGGUGGCCUCUUCGCGUUUCAUCCCGAGGGAAAUUUCAGGCCUUGCUAUUAUCCGUUAUUCAGGUUUUGAUGUUGAACCCCUGGCACCUGUUUACCCUGAUGAACCUUCUCAGGACGAGUAUGGAUAUUCGAUGGAACAAGCUCUAUCAGUAAGGACAGAUUUAUCAGUAGGAGCAGCGAGGCAUAAUCCUCAAGGAUCUUAUGUAUAUGGCAGCAUUAACAUAAGCCGGACACUAAUUCUCCAGAACGGUGAGGCAGCUAUGGAUGGACAAAAUCGAUACAGAGUCCAGCUAAGUGAUGUUUUCGAGCCUGGUGUUGUUCCUGAUGCACUAGUAGAUGAUCUUCCUAGACUCGGUGUCUCAGUUAUUGAUGCCUAAUACCAUGAUUUCGUUCAUGUUGUUUUCCAAAAUCCACUAGACUCGUUACAAUCGUGGCAUUCUGAUGGCUACAACUUCUUUGUUGUCGGAAUGGGACGUGGGAAAUGGGAGGAUAGGAAGAUGGAAACAUACAACAUGAUUGAUGCAAUUUAUCACUCAACAAUUAAGGUGUAUCCAUAUUCAUGGACUGCGAUUCUAAUAAAGUUGGACAAUCAAGGGAUGUGGAAUCUGAGAUCACAGAAUGCAGAAAAAUGGUAUCUUGGACAAGAAUUGUCUAUAAGGGUGAAAGGAGAUGUGGAUGACCCUUCCAAAAUUUCUCCAAGGGAUGAAGCUCCAAUCCCAGCAAAUGUUAUUAAAUGUGGAAAACUUGCUGCUUUAUAAAUUUUGAUAGUAAUGAUAGUAUUGUUUUACUAAUAUAUACUAAUAGUACUUAUUUCACUUCACAGACGGACUUUAGAGUAAACUAAUACAUACUAGCAUUUGAUUACUAAAUA